GCGCAGGAGCCCGCGGGGAGCCCCGAGAGCGCCCGACUGCGCGCCGGGGGGGCCCGAGCAGGCCGCGGCGUACGGAGCCCCCGCCUGCCCGCCCGGGACCGGGAGCGGCGGCCAAGAUGUCCGUGCCGAACGUGCUGGCCAAGGCCCUCUACGACAAUGUGGCCGAGUCCCCAGAUGAGCUGUCCUUUCGUAAGGGCGACAUCAUGACGGUGCUGGAGCGUGACACGCAGGGUCUAGACGGCUGGUGGCUGUGCUCUCUGCAUGGACGCCAGGGCAUCGUGCCAGGCAACCGCCUCAAGAUCCUGGUGGGCAUGCAUGACAAGAAGGCGGCGGGACCCGGGCCAGGCCCGCCCGCCCCCUCGGCCCAGCCCACCGCCCCGUAUACAGCCAUGCUGCCCACCGCGUUCCCUGCACAACCUGACAGCGUCUACUUGGUGCCCACCCCCGGCAAAGCCCAACAGGGCCUCUACCAGGCCCCCAGCUCCAGCCCCCAGUUCCAGUCUCCCCCAGCCAAGCAGCCGUCAGCCUUCCCGAAGCCUGGGGCCCAUCACCCGGCCCCAGACCUCUACCAGGUGCCCCCGGGCCCCGGCAGCCCAGCGCAGGACAUUUACCAGGUGCCACCGUCAGCUGGCAUGGGCCGGGACAUCUACCAGGUGCCCCCAUCUAUGGACACGCGCAGCUGGGAGGGAACUGCAAAGCCCCCAGCCAAGGUGGUGGUGCCAACCCGUGUGGGCCAAGGCUAUGUGUUUGAGACGCCGCAGCCUGAGCAGGAUGAGUACGAUGUCCCUCGCCACCUGCUAGGCCCUGGGCCCCAGGACAUCUACGACGUACCCCCUGUGCGCGGGCUCGUGCCCUGCCAGUAUGGCCAGGAGGUAUAUGACACACCCCCCAUGGCCGUCAAGGGGCCCAACGGCCGGGACCCCACCCUGGAUGUAUAUGAUGUGCCCCCCAGUGUGGAGAAGGGUCUUCCCCUGUCCAACCACCAUGCGGUCUAUGACGUCCCUCCGUCUGUCAGCCAGGAUGCCCCUGAUGGGCCACUGCGACGUGAGGAGACCUAUGACGUGCCCCCUGCCUUCUCCAAGGUGAAGCCCUUCGACCCGACCCGCCACCCGCUGGUCCUCACUGCGCCCCCUCCCGACUCACCGCCCCCUGAGGAUGUGUAUGACGUGCCCCCACCUGCACCUGACCUCUACGACGUGCCCCCUGGCCUGCGGCGGGCAGGCCCCAGUGCCCUCUACGACAUCCCCCGGGAGAUGGACGGUGGUGGCAGUGGUGGCAGCAUUGGGGCGGACGAGGGGGUGUAUGCGGUGCCCCCACCGGCUGAGCGGGAUGCCCCCACCGACGGCAAGCGCCUGUCAGCCUCGAGCACAGGCAGUACCCGCAGCAGCCAGUCGGCCUCAUCCCUUGAGGUGGCUGGGCCCUGCCGGGAGCCAUUGGAACUGGAGGCGGCUGUGGAGGCGCUGGGCCGUCUGCAGCAGGCCGUGAGUGCAACCGUGGCCCACCUCCUGGACCUGGUGGGCAGCAGCGGCGCGUGGCGGGGGUCCCACGAGCUCCACGAGCCGCCACCGGCACAGGACCUGAGGGCUGCGCUGGCCGCUGUGCAGGGGGCUGUGCACGAACUGCUGGAGUUUGCCCGCAGUGCCGUGGGCCACGCUGCACACACCACUGACCGCACGCUGCACGCCAAGCUGGUCAGGCAACUGCAGAAGAUGGACGGCGUAUACCAGACACUGCUGGCCCAUGGGCAGGCCUUGGAUGGGUUCCGGGGUGGCCCAGGCCCUGCGCCUGAAGACCUGGACCGCCUGGUGGCCUGCUCGAGGGCUGUGCCCGAGGACACCAAGCAGCUGGCUUCCUUCCUGCAUGGCAAUGCCUCGCUGCUCUUCAGACGGACCAAGGGCCCUGCGCCCGAAGGGGGCACCCCCGACAAGGCCAGCAGCAUUCAAUCCCGGCCCCUGCCCUCACCCCCCAAGUUCACCUCUCAGGACUCGCCCGACGGGCAGUACGAGAACAGUGAAGGGGGCUGGAUGGAGGAUUACGACUACGUCCACCUGCAGGGGAAGGAAGAGUUUGAGAAGACCCAGAAGGAGCUGCUGGAAAAGGGCAACAUUAUGCGGCAGGGCAAGGGCCAGCUGGAGCUUCAGCAGCUGAAGCAGUUUGAGCGGCUGGAGCAGGAGGUGUCCCGGCCCAUCGACCACGAUCUGGCCAACUGGACGUCGGCACAGGCCCUGGGCCCCGGGCGGACAGGCGGGCUGGGCCCCUCGGACCGGCAGCUGCUGCUCUUCUACCUGGAGCAGUGUGAGGCCAACCUGACCACACUGACGGAUGCCGUGGAAGCCUUCUUCUCUGCCGUGGAGUCCAACCAGCCACCCAAAAUCUUCGUGGCACACAGCAAGUUUGUCAUCCUGAGCGCCCACAAGCUGGUGUUCAUCGGGGACACACUGUCGCGGCAGGCCAAGGCGGCCGAUGUGCGCAGCCAGGUGACACACUACAGCAACCUGCUCUGUGAGCUGCUGCGUGGCAUCGUGGCCACUACCAAGGCUGCCGCCCUGCAGUACCCCUCGGCCACCGCCGCCCAGGACAUGGUGGACAGGGUCAAGGAGCUGGGCUACAGCACCCAGCAGUUCCGCCGCGUCCUGGGACAGCUGGCUGCUGCCUGAGCCCUAUACAGGGAGCUACCGUGACCCAAAAUGGGCACAGAGCGGUGCCUGGCCCAGGCCUGGGGACAGGCUGUCUGGUACCCCGACACCCCAACACCCCGGGAUCUGUACAUAUUUAUACGAGGCAGGGUGUGGGGCACGGCCGGCAGCUCCCCAAGGACCUAUGUGGGGCUGGGCAGGGCCCAAAGCCCUCACUUCUCACCCCUUUCUUUUCAGACUCUGCCCCUGUAGGUGGGGGGGGGGGGCUACCAGGUUGCCCCCCCAGGCAGGCGCAGGCACAGUGCUGCCUAGCAUACUGACCUCUGCACCAGGGCAGAAUCCUAAAGGCUAUUUUUCACUAUUGAUUUUCCAAUCAUUUGACAUUUAAAUAAAAUUACAAAAUGAAAA